AACAUAACCUAAUUAUUUAAAAAACGUGUUUAGUGUUUUGAUCAUUUCAGCAUUAAAAUGAUCUCUGAAGAAGAAUUGUAUUGUGACGCUGAUGAAGUGAAUCUUAACAAUUUAGUAAUUGAUGAUCCCAAAGACAGUCCAACUGUUGAAGAUUACGAUGAUUUAGAUGAAUACAACUCUGAAGAAUAUGAAGAAUACGACGAUGACGACAAACCAGUCGCAAACACAUUCCGUGCAAAUCCUCAACAGUCUACUUUCAGACCAACGAAUUUCCAAACAAGUGACAAUCUAAUGACCAAAUACUCCAAUAAGAUAAACCUGAACGAUCUUCCAAGACAUGCAACAAAUUUACUAGUAGAAACACAGAAACGUAUUGAAAACAACAGGAUAAGAACGAAAGAUAAACGUGACCGUGCAACUGUUGAGAAAGCAAUAGAUGGUACCACAAGAAUAAUUUUGUUUAAACUCCUUGAUCGGAAUAUAAUCUCUGAAAUUAAUGGUUGCAUAUCAACAGGGAAGGAAGCAAAUGUUUAUUAUGCAUCUUUAGAUUCAGACAAAGAGUUUGCUAUAAAAGUCUACAAAACUUCAAUUUUGGAAUUCAAGGAUAGACAGAAAUAUGUGGAGGGUGAAUUUAGGUAUCGACAUGGUUAUUGUAAGCACAAUCCAAGGAAGAUGGUGAGAACUUGGGCAGAAAAAGAAAUGAGAAACUUAAGAAGAAUGUUCUCUAAUGGCAUAAACGUGCCAGAACCUAUAUUAUUAAGGUCCCAUGUGUUACUAAUGAGAUUUGUUGGUAAAAAUGGAUGGCCAGCACCAAUAUUAAAGGAUGUUGAACUUAAUCAGUCAAAGGCAAGAAAAAUCUACAGAGAAAUUGUUGUUAUUUUGUGGAAGAUGUAUAAUGUGUGCAAAUUAGUACAUGGUGAUCUAUCAGAGUUCAAUAUAAUGUAUCACAAUGGAGAAGUUUGUAUAAUUGACGUUUCACAGUCUGUGGAGCAUGAUCAUCCUCGUGCCUUUGAUUUCUUAAGGUCUGAUUGCAAGAAUAUAACAGAUUUUUUUCAAAAGAAAGGAGUAGCAACAAUGACAGUUAAGGAAUUAUUUAUUUUCACAACAGAUCCUUCAAUAAAUGAAGAAAACAUGGAGGAAUGCCUUGAUAAAUUGUCAGAACUUGCUUCUGAAAGGACCGAAAUGACUUCUUCUGAACAGAUUGAAGAAGAAGUUUUCCAAAAAGCUUAUAUUCCAAAGAGAUUAACUGAAGUUAUUGAUUUUGAAAGGGAUAUAAGAAAGGCAAAAUCUGGUGAAGGGGAAGAGUUGAUUUACAAAACUGUAGUAGGUUUGAAAUCAGACUUAAGUGGCACAAUACAACAACCUGAGAUAUUAGAAAAUGAAGAGAGUUCAGAGGAGGAAGAGUCUGAAGGAAGUGAUUCAGAGGAAGGUGAGAAAAAAAGUGGUUUUGUUGAUUCAUCUAGACCCAAAGAUGAAACUGCUGAAGAGAAGAAAAACAGGAAAAAAGCUGUUAAAGAAGCAAAAGCUGAGAAGAGGAAAGUAAAAAUCAAGAAACAUAUUAAGAAGAGAAAUAUGAAGAAGUAACUUAAUGAUAAAGCUGUGAUUUCUUUAAUGAAAUAUUUAAAAAUAAAUAAUUAUUUAUAA